AUUACUCCCAAGAAAAAGAAAAUAAACGAAUGAGAGAGAGAGCGAGGAAGAGAGAGAAAUAGGGGUAAGGACAAAGGAGUUGGGAGAAAACGCUUGAAAAGGAAGUGGUGGCCAGGUUAACAUAUUUGGGGGGAAUUGGGGUUCUGCACUGUAGAGAAGGAGAGAGAGAGAGGGAGAGAGACAGAGAGAGAGUUUUGUGGGAUUUUAAUUUAGCUGUAGAUUUAAUCGUUUAAGAAGAAUCCUAUCACUAGUACAAGUAGUAGCUGUGCCAUUUGAUUUGGGCACAAAUGAAAGUGAAGGGAGGAGGAAGAAGGAAGAGUUGGGAAGCAAUGCCUCUUGAUGUUGUUCUUCAAGAUACCAGCAACAACCCAAAUGCUCCUUUUGCUUCUCUUCUUCAGCUGCAAGGUAACGCAGCCGCUCUAGAGCAACCCCAAGAGCAACAGCAAGAGCUUCAAGAGCCUCAAGCUCUCGAAGAAGCUGACGAUGGUGAGGCCGAGGGCGAGGGUGAAGAUGAUGGUGAGGUUGGGGGUGAUGGUGAUCGUGAGGCUGAUGGUGUUGUUGAUGACGAUGAGAAUAGAGAGCGCAACAAGCUUGCCGAGGGCUACUACGAAAUCGAAGCCAUACGCCGAAAAAGGGUCCGCAAGGGUGAGCUCCAGUAUCUCAUCAAAUGGCGUGGUUGGCCAGAGACUGACAAUACAUGGGAGCCCUUGGAUAAUCUCCAUUCAAUUGCUGAUGUUAUCGAAGCAUUUGAGGAAAGCUUGCGUGCUGGAAAGCAUCGGAAGCGCAAGCGCAAGUCCGGGACUCCUCAUUCUCAACCCAAGAAGAGGCAGCAGCGUUCUACUGAUCCUAUCUACAACGUGACAGAUGUGGAAAUCAGCAUGGUUGAUAAAGUUCUGUCCUCCGCUGCUCUCACCUGCCCGAGCCUUGUUGAUCUUCCGCCCCCUCAGCAGUCUGUGGGCGUAGCAUUUGAAGGAGAGAAUGAUGGGCAUGUCAAUAAUACUGAAACCACCAAGAAAGUUGAUGCUGAGAAUUGGUGUUCAAAUGCUUCCCAAGAAAUUGGUGAAAGGAGAGAGGAAAAUGAGUAUGAUCCAAAGCUUAGUGAGCUCAGAGCAACAAUAUCUACUAAUAUUGUCAAUUCAGAUAAACUUUCUGUACAUUUCCAAGAAGCAAAGGCAUCUGAAGUUAAUGGUCUUUCCAAGGUCGACUAUGCAGAACCAGUACAGAGCAAUCGCAAUACUGGAGCUAAGAGAAGGAAGUCUGGUUCUGUGAAGAGGUUUAAACAAGAGACGCAAUUGUCUGAAGUGGGUGCUACACCAAAUGCAACAAGCAGAGUCAGUGUUAGAUAUGGUGGCAGAGUUAAUCAAUCAGGGGCAGAAAAUCUUGAUUAUGCUGGGGAAAAUUCAAGUCGCAGGAAUAAGAUUGAUGAAUCCAAAAGUGCAGUGCGUAUCACCAAGAUUAUCAAGCCAAUAGGGUAUUCAACUUCCGUGUCAAAUGAUGUCCAGGAUGUGUCAGUCACCUUUAAGGCAAUGAGGUCUGACGGAACAGAAGUGGUAGUGGAUAACAAGUUUCUCAAGGUUAAUCAUCCACUUUUGUUGAUCGAUUUUUACGAGCAACAUCUCCGGUACAAUUCUACAUUGUAAUUCAAGGUGUAAACGGAGAAUAGCUAAAUCUGCAUCUCUUAGUUGUCAGCUGUACACAGUGUUGGAAAUAUUGUAGUUGCAGAGAGAGUGCAGGUUAACAAACGUAGUUUGGUGAACUUAGUCAUAUACCAGUAGCUGAUCAGCGUGUUUCUCCUAUUUCUCACUCAUCUAUUGACCACAAAAGUUUACUGUAUUAUUAGGUAAUAUGGAGAUCACUAAAAGGCCAUCUCUUUUUUUAUCUACAUAUUUGUUGUAUCUGGAUCUUUAACAUGGAAAUGAACACAUCUCGUCA